AAUCCACAAGGCAGUCCCAGCAUUCCAGAGGAAGGAUCUUGCGCCGACAUCGGAAUGGCCCGCACUGUCAUCUUUAUCUUCCUGACCGCAGUGAUCUUUCUUUGCGAUGCAGCACCAGUGGACCAGGGUGACCACAGUGCCAACGACAAGUGUCCACUAAUGGUUAAAAUUCUUGAUGCAGUCAGAGGAAUGCCAGCUGCCACAGUAACGCUAAAAGUCUCCAGGCAAGCAGAGGACAAGACCUGGAAGGAGGUUGCUACUGGAGUUACAGAUGCAAAGGGAGAGGUCCAUGACUUAAUCGGAGAAGCGGACUUUUCUGCUGGAGUUUACAAGGUGGAGUUUGACACCAAAUCCUACUGGAAAGCUGAAGGGCGGAUCCCUUUCCACGAGGUGGCAGAUGUGGUGUUUGAAGCCAAUACUGAUGGUCACCGCCACUACACUCUCGCUCUUCUCCUGAGCCCCUUCUCUUAUACAACUACUGCUGUCGUCACUAAGGCACACGAAUAAAACUGCUUCUUCCGCAUGAACUCAUGUCAACGCUUAAAAGAACCACACCAUCAUAUCACAGAUUGUCCUAUACAGGAAGGUGUGAAGGUGCCACUUUUUUUUCAGCAUUUAUUAACAUAAGAAAAACAAUCAUACACAUAUGUAUUCCCCCUCCACCCCCACAUAUACCAAUAGAGAGGUGAUGAUGACCUUUGCUGGAAACACCAGCAAAAAAAAAUAAAUCAGCCAGCUGAUACAAUGGAAUAGAAUUUUCAUUGCUUUGCUAUCAUUUAUGCAUUUAUUUUCAUAAAAGACAUUAAUGAUAAAAAUAUACAAAUAUAAUAUAAACAAAUAAGAUGAAUAGUCCACAGGGAAAUUUAUUUGCAGAGGUGUUACUCCACUGUUUCAAAGCAAGCCAUUACAAAGUGUAAUUAUGCAGUUUCAAAAAGGUAAACCUUCACAGGAACAGAGCAGCGAGACAUUUAAACUGGCCUAAAGACAGAUAUCCCUCUUUCACAUACAGAUAUGUCAGGUUUAUGCUUGAUUGUACUGUUUAAAUGACAGUUACACAUGACCAAUUUAACAACACCCAAAAGGCCAUUAUGUUGCUUGAAAGCAAAUUUAAAAUGUCCAUAAAACAGAAGUUCAUUUGCCCCUAUAAAAAUAGUUAAAAAUGCCUGCUGGCAUUUUAUUGCAGAAUACAUUGCAUCUCUGUUUCCAAUGUUUUAAUAUGUUUUUAAAAAAAGGGCCAGUCCAACCGUGCAAUGGGAAUUGAGAUCAUCAACGAAACAGAGCACAAAUACAAUGCACGGAAAAAAAGGUCAAUUACAUCACAACAAAUGAACAUUUUCUGCCAGAUUUACAAAGAACUUGCUACAAUGGCUGCUUAUAUUAUUCCGGCCAAAAUAUGUAUGGUCUCCAAGAGGAUUUCAAGCCAAGUGCUGCAUGAAAUAUUCGAAGUUGAGAGUAUUUACUUUUUUAAGGGUGUGAAACUGAGAUUACAAUGGCCAUCAGUUGAAAACUCUUUAAUCCUAACUGCAUAUAACCUCAGUAAGCAAAUUAAAGACUAAAGAUGUAAACACUGGAGAUUGUACAGUGCACAUUGUCAAAAGGCUUCACUAUGGCAGAAUGAAACAGCUCAGUUUUACUGCAAAUGUGUUUCCCAUGAACCCUGGAACACCAUUUUCUCUCUUCUUGACACAACUUUGAAAUACUCAGAACUGUAAGAGCAGGGCUCCAUUAAAACAAAUCUAAAAAAAAAAAAUGUGUGCACUCGAAUUUCAAUAUAGAACAAUCCAAGCCAUAGAUCACAGCCAAGUAUGUAAAAAUAGAUAUAUUUUUAACAGUACAGUAGGAAAUAAAACACCAAAUAAACCCCGCAAGGCACAGAUACAUGAAUACUGCAAAAUUUUAUACUCUAUAUUACAAAGGACCUUGAACGGUGAAUAUAAGAUUUCUGUAAAUAGGGAUAAUUAAGCACAAAUUGCGUGGUUAUGUUAAGAGCUUGGGGUAUAUACAAGUAUGUUAAAAUUGUUAUGCCAAUCAGGAAUCAUAACUAACCUCUAUACCUUAGUUAUGUUAUGAGCAAGUAAACUCCAGGAGCUAUGCAAUGCUGCAAACGUUUGUUUAAUUGAAUUUCUAAAGAUCAGUUUGCUCCAAAUGUGUUUUUGGUUCUGCACUUGCAUGGUUUCCAGAAUACAAUAUCGAACUCAAUCAACACUUGAUGUUUCAAAACGUACUGUUGGAAGAUAUCCAAUACUUUAGAAUACCUGGUUCAGCAGGUGUUUAAAGUUAUUCCCUUAUUGAACCUAAACUAACAUUUCAGUCUACUUUGUUCUUAACAGAUCAUUUACAAGCAACUACAGAGUUUCUCAGAGAAUACUGUAUGAACCACAGCAGAAACUGCUAGAAAUGCAAUCAAACUGCUUAGAUCUUGCUCCUUUCUUUGUAACAUGCAGAAAACCCUCACUUUUGAGCUAAUGAGAACCACUUGGAUAUUUUCUAUGUAUCAAUUGCAUGCUCCUUCAGCUUUGAAACAAAUUGUUUAUAAAUAAAUUAAGAAAAAAAAAUUA